AGCCGGCCAUGGCGGGGCUGUACUCGCUGGGAGUGAGCGUCUUCUCCGACCAGGGCGGGAGGAAGUACAUGGAGGACGUUACUCAGAUCGUGGUGGAACCCGAGCCGACUGCUGAGGAGACGCCGUCGCCGAGGCGGGCGCCGGUUCCGCCGUCGCUUUCGCAGCCGGCUCCUCCCGCUCUUCCUGGAGCCGGAGUCUCGGGGAGAGGCCCGGCGGCCGCAGCCCGAGGCUCCCGUGACCCUUCUCCGGACGCCGCCGGAGCCUCUUCGGGCAUCGGCCGCUGCUGUCGCCAGCGCUCCUCGGUCGCUUUCUUCGCCGUGUGCGACGGGCACGGCGGGCGGGAGGCGGCACAGUUCGCCCGGGAGCACUUAUGGGGUUUCAUCAAGAAGCAGAAGGGCUUCACCUCCUCUGAGCCCGCCAAGGUUUGCGCCGCCAUCCGCAAGGGCUUCCUCGCUUGUCACCUCGCCAUGUGGAAGAAACUGGCAGAAUGGCCAAAAACUAUGACAGGUCUUCCCAGCACAUCAGGGACAACUGCCAGUGUGGUCAUCAUCCGAGGCAUGAAAAUGUAUGUGGCUCAUGUAGGUGACUCAGGGGUAGUCCUUGGAAUUCAGGAUGACCCAAAGGAUGAUUUUGUCAGAGCUGUGGAGGUAACACAAGACCAUAAGCCAGAACUUCCCAAAGAAAGAGAACGAAUCGAAGGACUUGGCGGGAGUGUAAUGAACAAGUCUGGGGUGAAUCGUGUAGUUUGGAAAAGACCUCGGCUUACUCACAAUGGACCUGUUAGAAGGAGCACAGUUAUUGACCAGAUUCCUUUUCUGGCAGUAGCAAGAGCUCUUGGUGAUUUGUGGAGCUAUGAUUUCUUCAGUGGUGAGUUUGUGGUCUCCCCUGAACCAGACACAAGUGUUCAUACUCUUGACCCCCAGAAGCACAAGUACAUUAUUUUGGGGAGUGAUGGGCUAUGGAAUAUGAUUCCACCUCAGGAUGCCAUCUCAAUGUGCCAAGACCAAGAGGAAAAGAAAUACUUGAUGGUAUAUUUUGUUCAUUUAUAUGCCAAUAUUUCGUUGAGAGAUCACUGCUAUGAGGAACAUCCUGGCCUGUCUAUUGGUGAUGUUGCCAAAAAACUGGGAGAGAUGUGGAACAACACUGCUGCAGAUGACAAUCAUCCUUAUGAAAAGAAGACUGCUAAGCUGAAGGAAAAAUACAAAAAGGAUAUUGCUGCGCACUGUGCUAAAGGAAAACCUGAUUCACUAGAAGAGGAUCCAUGGACAAAGCUGAAUGCCAGGGACCAUAUUCCUGCCCUUGUUCGUAGUAAUGCCUUCUCAGAGAAUUUUUUAGAGGUCUCAGCUGAGAUAGCUCGAGGGAAUAUCCAGGCUGUAGUCCUACCCUCAAAAGAUCCAGAGGCACUUGAGGAAAAUUGCACUAAAGCCCUGACUUUAAGGAUACAUGAUUCUUUGAAUACCCUGUCGGUUGGCCUGGUGCCUACCAAUUCAACAAAUACCACUGUGGACCAAAACCAAAAAAAUUCAAAGAUGUCACCUGCUCAAAUGAAAGCCCAAGAAGUUGAAAAAACCCCUCCAGCAAACUUCAAAAGGACAUUAGAAGAGUCCAACUCUGGCCCGCUUAUGAAGAAGCAUAGACGAAAUGGCUUAAGUCGAAGUAGUGGUACUCAGUCUGCAAGCCUCCCCACCACCUCACAGCGAAAGAAUUCUGUUAAACUUACCAUGCGACGAAGACUUAGAGGCCAGAAGAAAAUUGGAAAUCCCUUACUACAUCAACAUAGGAAAACUGUUUGUGUUUGCUGAAAUGUAACUGGGAAAGGGAUUUUCCAUACUUAGGUUAUGAGGGCUUUUUAAAUCUGGUGCCGAAACUUUUUAUAAGGGGACAAAAUAAAGAGUAUACAGUUU